UUCUUUUUGUGUUGGAAGCAAGAACUUUAAACUUGAAGCAGGUUUGACAGUCAUAAACAAAAUCAGAUGCGAUUUGAUGCGACAAAGAAGCCUGAAGCUACUGUAACACAUAAGAUGCUAAUGAAGCUAAAUCAGAAAACCAUCGAGCAAAUGAAAAUAUUAUUUACAUCAGCUCAUGCUGUUGCAAAACACGGUCGCCCGUUUAGUGAUUUUCAGUGGCUGUGUUCUUUAGAUGAAGCUAAAGGCUUGAAAGUAGGAACUGCGUACCGAAAUGACAAGAGUUGUCAAGAUUUUAUGAAGGCAAUUGCUACGAAUCAACGCAAUAUCACACUUUCACUGAUUGAGAAAGCACAGUUUUGGUCCAUGGUAUCUGACGGAUCCACAGACAGUUCUCACAGGGAGCCAAAAUUUGUUGUUAGAUUGGCAGUACAUGGGGCGAUCUUUACCAAGUUUGUUGGAUUGAAGAACAUUGGCAAAGCAAAUGCUGAUGGCAUCAGUCAAGCAUUGAUCACCAUGAUGACAGGGAGUUUUGGCAGCGUGUGGAAGACGAAAGUGGUUGAGUUUGGAACGGACGGUGCUAGUGUUAUGAUGGGAAGUAACAACAGAACAGUGAAGAAGACGAAAGACCAAAUUGCACGACCCUACAUUCUGGCUGUUCACUCUUCAGCUCAUCACAAUGAUAGAAUAAACGCCAUUCUUCAUAAUUUUAAAAGACCUUGCCAAUAAGUUUAGAGGAAGGUUUGCAUGUUUGGGGUUGAGGUAGACCUCGAGGGAAAUUGAUCCGGGCUGCCAAGUUGUGUUCCAGGCUAGUAAAUUUUAGAAAUCACAAGCCCGGUGACUAGUAAUGCAGGUAGCCAGGUGUCGAACCCGGAUUCACCUGCUAUUCUAAUAAGUACCAAUUUAGUUCCAAUUCUUGAUGCUUCCACAAAGCAAAUCUACCGGCUUUUCCUGGAGAAAAAACAAACAACGCCUACUGCUAAGGUAAAGUUAGCUGCAAAGUAUUCGAACAAUCUUUUCGCACAACAUUAGAAUCUAAACUUAGAGAAUUUCAGUUUAAAAUUUUAAACCGUAUUGUUUUUACAAACGAAAAACUGUUUCGUUUUGGCAUGGCUGAUUUGCCGUCCUGUACUUUCUGCCAAACAGAGAUUGAAUCCAUAGAGCAUUUACUCUUUUCCUGUAGAGUAUCAUGUAGUUUUUGGAAACAUGUCUUGUCCUGGUUGCGCGAUUAUAAAAUCUCUGUGAAAAAAGAGGAAGAUGUCAUUUUUGGUAAGUUCGAUAUUGCAGAAGAUUUUCCCCUGUUUAAUCAUAUUUUGCUUCUGGGUAAGUUUUAUAUUUACUCUCGGAAAUACCAGAAUAUUAUACCUUCUCUUCAAGGUUUUAUAGCCAGGACAAGGCGUAUUUACAAUAUCGAACUCCAUAUUGCCAGGAAAAAGAGACAAAUUAAACAAUCAUUUUAGAAAGUGGGAAAAGUUAAUAAGCGUUUUAGGAAUAAGUGAUGUCAUGAUUAAUUUCCAUCAUUAGUUUUAAGGUGAUGUCAUUGUAAUUUACAUACUAGGUAACUGUAUUACCGUAAUAGCUUUGUGUGUGUGUAUAGUAUUCUACUGUUUGUACUAUAUAA